CCUGAUCAAGCGUUUGUUGCUAUACAUACAUAUAAACUUUCACAAUAAAAUUGUGACAGUUACGACGUUCCAUAAACGUUCCAUUUUUCAAAGAAUAGCUUGCAAUUAUUAAAGACUGUGUACAACUUACGAAAUAUUUUUAAGUUCAGGAGAGUUCAGGAGGAUUGUCACAUCUUGAUUUGACACAGCGACGCUUGUGGCGGCAAAUUGACUGUACUUUCAUAGUACUGUACUUUCAAGAUGAAAUCCAGCAAGGGAUCUGCUACUUGCACCUUAUGGGGUGAAUUGCCUCCAAGAGAAACUCACAAGCAAGAAGUUAUUACUCCUGAUAUCAUUGAAAAUGUUUGGAGACAAGUUAUGGAUGACAAUAACAGUACUGAUUGUGACUAUAGAAUUGAUAAGCAGUCCGAGUUUAUACAGUUGCCAAUGGGUAAUUUACAUGUAUUAAAUACUAUAAAUCUCCACCAGCAUAUGAGAGCCAUGGAAGAUGGAACGAUGUUAGGGAAUUUGGGAACUAUUGAGACAGAGAAUUCUACAGAUACUAAAGAAGCUGAAAAUCCAUUUCAUUUUUUACCUCCAAGUACAGAGGGCCCACAGUUCAAGGAUUAUAUAUCUGUAAAAAAUUUGAGGCCAUCAACAGCGCAUAGCUUGCUAAAACAUGCAGUUAUAGUUCUAUUGGCCCAUACUGGAUUAGAUAGUUCAUCGGAAAUAGCCAUAGAGACACUUACAGAUGUGGCUGAUCAUUUUUUAAGAAGGAUGGCAUUAUUAUUAAAAGUGGCAUCAGAACAGAAAGAGGAUGGUUUUCCUGAUCCAGUUGAAAGAGUUCUGGUGGAAGCUGGAGUUGGUGGUGUAGUAGCGUUGCAUGACUAUUAUCAAGAAAAUGUUUUGAAAGUUGAGGAAAAUAUGAGGAAUAAAGUUGAAGGAAUGUUAGAGAAACAGAGACAGCAGGAGCUCAAUGCUAACAGUACCAAAAUCGAUCUUGAUGAAGUAGCAAAUAAACUGAAGUUUGAGGAACUGGAUGAGUUUGGAAAUAUGUAUCGUGACGUUCCCACGCUACAACUUCUUGAUCCUGAAAUGGGAUUUCCACCAAAUUUGGAUGCUGGCUUUCAGAUGCUACAUAGUUUAGAACAAGAAGAAUUAAACAGUUUGGAAGUCGAAGAAGAGGAAGUGAAUGUGAGUGAUUCUCCAAAUACUGGACAACGGCCAGAACUUAUAGUUGAUAAGAAAAAAAAAUAAGUCAUAAUUUUUGAUCUUGUGUAAUAAUUAUAAUCUGUACAAUAAAUUGUUUUCUAUAGGUA